AGAUAAGGAGGAGAGUGAGGAAGAUGGGAGAAGGUUGGGGAAAGGACACGGUCCUCCACAGUUUUCCCGCCCCACCCCUUGCUCCCCUCCGCCCCGUCGCCUUCACUGCAGGCGGAAGUGACGUUAGUCGGGGUUCGUUUCCGGCAGAUCGAAACUAGGAAGAAACUUGGAGCUAUCGCGACGUACGCACCUCUCCGCCCCCCUCGCCUUUCUCUUCCCCUACGGGGUGGCGGAGGGUUCGAUUCUCUUGGCCCUGGGGGCCCGAGGCAUGGCGGGGCCCUGCCCUGCGGUGCUGUGAGCUGCCUCGGGCAGCCUCGGCAAGGCCGUGAGAAGGAGUGAGGCGCAGCUGCCUCUAGCCCGUCGGCCCGUCAGCUCCCGGCACCAUGAACAUCGACGUAGAGUUCCACAUCCGCCACAACUAUCCUUGGAGCAAGCUGCCAGCUAACGUCCGACAGGGUCUUGGAAAUUCACAGAGGGAAUAUGAAAAGCAAGUUGUGCUCUAUAGUAUCCGAAAUCAGUUACGAUACAGAAAUAACUUAGUUAAGCAUGUCAAGAAGGAUGAACGCAAAUACUAUGAGGAAUUGUUAAAAUACAGUCGAGAACAUCUCAUGUUGUACCCUUACCAUUUAUCAGAUAUUAUGGUAAAGGGUUUGAGGAUAACACCAUUUUCUUAUUAUACUGGGAUUAUGGAGGACAUAAUGAACAGUGAAAAAAGCUAUGAUUCAUUGCCCAAUUUUACUGCUGCUGACUGUUUAAGGCUUCUUGGCAUAGGAAGAAAUCAGUAUAUUGACCUUAUGAAUCAGUGCAGAUCAUCAAAAAAAUUUUUCAGAAGGAAAACUGCCCGUGAUCUACUGCCAGUAAAGCCUGUAGAAAUUACCAUAGAGGCAUGGUGGGUUGUUCAGGCUGGUUAUAUCACAGAAGAUGAUAUAAAGAUAUGCACUUUGCCUGAGAAAUGUGCUAUUGAUAAGAUCAUCGAUUCAGGUCCUCAACUAUCUGGAUCUCUAGACUACAAUGUAGUACAUAGUUUAUAUAACAAAGGAUUUAUUUAUCUUGAUGUACCCAUAUCUGAUGAUAGUUGCAUUGCAGUACCACCACUUGAAGGAUUUGUAAUGAACCGUGUCCAAGGUGAUUAUUUUGAAACUCUACUCUACAAGAUAUUUGUUUCAAUAGAUGAACACACUAAUGUUGCAGAGCUUGCAAAUGUCCUUGAGAUAGACUUAUCACUAGUGAAGAAUGCAGUUUCCAUGUACUGUCGAUUAGGUUUUGCCCAUAAGAAAGGACAAGUAAUUAAUUUGGAUCAGCUUCAUUCAUCAUGGCGGAAUGUUCCUUCUGUAAACCGAUUAAAGAGUACCUUAGACCCACAAAAGAUGCUCCUUUCAUGGGAUGGUGGGGAGAGUAGGAGUCCUGUGCAAGAAGCUUCUUCAGCAACUGAUACAGAUACAAAUAGUCAAGAAGAUCCAGCUGACACAGCCAGCAUAAGCAGCUUGAGUCUGUCUACAGGAUAUACAAAGCGUAUUGCCUUCCUAUUUGAUUCAACUCUUACUGCCUUUUUAAUGAUGGGAAAUCUUUCACCAAACUUGAAGAGUCAUGCAGUCACUAUGUUUGAAGUUGGGAAGCUAUCAGAUGAAUCUCUGGACAGCUUUCUUGUUGAACUUGAAAAGGUUCAGAGUACUGGUGAAGGAGAAGCGCAAAGAUAUUUUGAUCAUGCACUCACUCUGAGAAACACAAUAUUGUUCUUACGACACAAUAAAGAUCUAGUUACACAAACGGCACAGCCAGAACAACUUAAUUAUGGUUUUCCUUUGGAUCUUUUACGAUGUGAAAGCCUUCUUGGUUUGGAUCCUGCCACAUGUAGUAGAGUAUUAAACAAAAAUUAUUCUCUACUUGUUUCCAUGGCUCCCCUCACCAAUGAAAUUCGACCAAUCAGCAGCUGUACUCCUCAGCAUAUUGGACCAGCUAUCCCAGAAGUCAGUUCGGUCUGGUUUAAAUUAUAUAUUUACCAUAUUACUGGGCAAGGACCACCAUCUCUCUUACUUUCUAAAGGUACAAGACUUCGAAAACUUCCGGAUAUAUUCCAGGGUUAUGAUCGCUUAUUAAUAACUUCUUGGGGUCAUGAUCCUGGAGUAGUUCCUACUUCGAAUGUGCUUACAAUGUUGAAUGAUGCUUUAACACAUUCUGCAGUUUUAAUUCAGGGCCAUGGCAUGCACGGGAUGGGCGAAAUCAUGCAUAUACCUUUCCCAUUUGAUGAAUUGGAACUGCAAGGAGAAUUGACUCGAGUCAAUCUGGGUGUUCAUAAAGCCCUGCAGACAUUACGGGAGAAAGUGGACUUGGAACACCUCUGUGGCUAUGUCACCAUGUUAAAUGCGUCCAGCCACCAUGCUGCCAGCAGAAAACUCAGUGAUGCAUCUGAUGAAAAAGGUGAACCUGAUUUGGCUUCAGGAUCAGAUGUAAAUGGAAGUACAGAAUCAUUUGAAAUGGUUAUUGAAGAGACUGUAGAUUCAACAACAAAGCAGAAUGUUGAUGUAGCUACAACAGAAGUUGAAUGGGUACCUCUUGAGCUGUGCUUUGGAAUUCCACUAUUUAGUUCUGAAUUGAAUCGCAAAGUCUGUAGGAAAAUUGCCACACAUGGGCUUUGUAGGAAAGAAAGCCUUCAGAAACUCUUACAUUCCAGUAGAAAACUCUCUCUCCAUGUCCUUAAUUUUGUUCAUUCAUUCCAGGAAGGAAUUUCAACCUUGGACUUACAUACUGAGGCCAGUUUUUCAAGUCUGUUUUCACAGCCACCUUCUGCUGAAUUGGGUGUUCCACUUCCUGCAAAGAACUUAAUAUUUAAAGAUGGCAUCUUAUCUGAGUGGAAUGGACGUUCCCCUUCCUCAGUACUUAUUGCAAAUGUCAAUUUGCAAUAGUUCAUUCACAUACCAUUUGUUGUUCACACUUAUUGCCUUUUUUAGUUUCUUACAGUUAAUUUCUAGUGCCAGCCUCUAAGAAGUAUACUGCUACUGCAGAAUAACGUAUGCUGAAGUGGUGGCAAAAGUGUAUUAUUAUGUUGCAGUUUAGGGGAAGAUAUUUGCACUGUCUGGAAUCUUACUCAUCACUGCAUAUCCUGCUGCAACAGAGAGCUUUUUAGCAGUCAGCACUGUAUUUUUAUCUGGAGACAAUCUGCAUUUCUUUUAUAAACCUAAGGACACCCUUUAUAGGCUUUAUGAUGAUUGUUAAAUUUAUAAGCUGUCACCACAAAUAUUGCAUUGGUAAUUUUAUAUGUUAGUUACUCAAACAUGAAUCUUGUUUAAUUUUAUAUUUUAUUACCUAUACUUUUUUGGGGCAAUGGAAAGAUUUAACUCUUCCCCUGAAGAGAGUUCCUGGUACUUAAGGUAGUAUAAAUGCAAAAACAGUAAAAUCCAGUGUUGUUUGAUGGUAUAUAUGCUGGGAGCAUUAUAAAUUGUAGCAAUUGUCUGUAAAUUAUGUCUAUCGGUUGGACAGUGUUGAAAGUAUGCAAAUCAGCAUAAUUAAAAAUAAUUUGACCUGGCUUUAUAAGGUCUUAAUUUUCAGACCAUAAAGAUUCAUUGAUCCCUCAUGAGAAACUUUGAAAAAUAGUCCAUGUAUUAAGUAAUGUGUUUUUAGAUACUUAAGCUUCAUUAUUUCUCUCAAUAGACUAUUUUCAUUAGGCAUGAUUAUAAAAGGAAACCUUGUUUGGUUGCUCUUGCUGCUGCCCAUUUUUGGUUUAAUUGAGUAGCCUUCAUCUAGAACCACAACACCACUGGAUGUGGAAACAAAUUUAUUUGUUUACAAACCAAAGAUUGGGGGCUUAGGUUCAAAUUAACAUCAGAGAACAAUAAGAGUUGGCUGAGUCAUGAAAAACAUAUCAUAAAUUGUUUGAAUGAAUUCACUGUUGUCCCAUGCAGAAAUAACCUGGAGGGAAAAGAUAAAGGCAAAUGGAAGGUUGUUUCAAAGGUUUUCUUAUCAGUUCUUUUAAUAUGACAAAUGUUAACUAGAAUUAGAAUAAUUCAGUUAAUUAUUUUUGCAUUUAUCAAAUUAUCUUCCUUAGGAAGUUUGUGCAGUGUGUUCUCGUUUAGACUUAUUUGUAGGAUGAUUGUUUUGCCAGUUUAACCAACAUCUUGGUAAAAUAGCAUAUAUGGAAAACUUUUAAAUUUGGGGGAUGGUGUAACUUGAAGAUUUCUGCUAAUACUUUUUUUCCCUUGUUCUAUAAAGAACAAUUAUUGGUAUAUUUAAUCUGGAAAUAUGUCUUUCCUAAAACUGUAAUCAUAACCAUGCCUUCAGUACUAUGUGCUCACAAUAUUUUAAAAUUUGGACCAAGACCCUGUGGCACAGUUAGUACUAGAAAAGUGUUCAUGGUUAAAUGUGAUAACAUUUUGUUUUCUGCUGUAGUAGGAACCAAGCGUGUGUUAAAUACAUGUUUAAAAAAGGAAAAAUAAUGCAAACUAAUAGUCAAAUGAUUUGUUAGACUGUGAAUCACACACUAAUUUCUCACAUAACUAUUAAUGUACAUUCCUCUUCCUUAUAAAUGUAGAACUUGCAGUUUCUCAACUGAAACUCCAAGUACUUAAUUUGAUCAGUGCUGCUUUUUAUUCUAACACUUUUAUUAUUAUCUGGUUUGUUUUUACCAACUGUAGGUAGUUAUUUAUUCUGCAAAUACUAAUACUUGGGGCCUACUGUGAUGUGUGUACUAAUAAAGGAUUGAGUAUUUGUCUUUGUUGGCAGUAAAUCCAGUUUUUCAUAAAUUGUAACAAAAUAUGGGAAUGAUUUUCUGCCUUAUAUUUCCUUUAGAAGAAAAUGGAGGGAAAAAUGGAAUAAGAUAGUGAUCAUGCAUUUUAGGAAAAAUGAAAAAGUCUAUGUUCAACUCUGAUUUUUGGUCUCUGCCACUGAUAAGGAAACAGGAGUCCUUUGAUGUACAGCUUGGUAGAUACUGUAAAAAGGGAUGGGAUAAGCAUAUUCAGUGUUGUAAACAAGAAAUGUAAAAUGCUGCUGUCUUCAGACUGUGUUUUACAAACUUAGCUUUAUUUCAUUACAAUUGUAUAUAUGCUCAUAAAAGAAAAAUACAUUAUCUCAUGUAAAAUUACAUCUCUUCAUUUAAAGUUGGCAAGUCAAUGAAACUUUAAAAAUACAGACUGUUACCUAAUUAAUAGGUGACUACCAAAGAGAAGGAUUAUUAAGGAUUUUUAACUCAAUUUUGUUGUUGUUUGAUAUGAUUCUGAUUGGCUUUGUUCCUUUUUAUUAUUGUCUUUAAGUGUGGCUUAAACAGAGGCAAGACAUUUUUAAAAACCAAAAGAGAGAAAGAACCCAUAAAAAUGGCAUAUGGAUAAAUAAAGCCACUUAAAGAAUGUGAUAGCCCCCUUGUCAUCUUUCUUUUAAUGUUUUCAGAUAAUUUUGUAUUUUUUUCCCUUGGGGAAUAGUGCAGCCAACCUGCUCAAUACUUAUCAUAACUGGAAUUAUUUUAAACAUUUAGAAUUGAGUUUUACCAUUUUUUGUGCUGAUUUUAUUACCUGAUGGUUUCAGUUCUCUGUUUUUUUCCUCCCCUUGUUCAGUCUUUCAAACACAGUUUGUAUUUAAAAGGUUUUAAAGUACCAAAACUGUUACCUGAGUACCAUGGAUUGUUUUCUGGUAUGGCAUUGUUAAUAGUAUAUAAUUAAAUGUAUAAAACUUUGUGUUCAAUUUGAUGAUUGGCACAUGUAACAUAAAUGUUUACAAAUAAACUAUUACUGAUCAA